AUGGAAUAAGCAAGCGAAAAGACAAAAUCAUUUGUUUUAGCAAGUGGAUUAGCUGGUGGAAUAGCAGGAGUAGUUGUAGAUUUUAUAGUAUUCCCUAUUGAAGCUAUAAAAACUUAAAUUUAAGCAAGUAAUAGUAAAAUAGAUUUUAAAAAAAUGGCAUCUCAAAAUAGCAAAUACAAAGGAUUCAGCGCCUAAUUUAUUAGCGCAUUUCCCUUUGCUUUCCUUUACUUCUUUACAUAUGAAGAAGGAAAGAGAAUAUUAAGAAAUUCUCCAUCGUUGAAUCUUAAUUUAUAGCAUAUGAUUGCAGCAGGAGUAGCUGAAACAAUUGGAAAUUUAUUUAGAUCUCCCUUUGAAGUAGUAAAAUAAUAGCAACAAGUUGGUUGGGAUAAACAAAUUAAAUAGACAAUCUUAACUAUUUAUAAAUUAAAUGGUAUUUAGGGAUUUUAUGCUGGAUUUAGCACUUUGUUAAUGAGAGAUAUUCCUUAUAGUGUGAUUUAAUAUCCUUUAUAUGAUAAAAUGAGAUAAAUAGAGUAAGUUAAUAAAAGAAAGAGGGAGAAUCUACCUGAAGACGCCGAAGUCAAAUUAUCUUUUGUCGAAAGUAGUAAAUGUGGAGCUGUAGCUGCUGCAGUAGCUUCAUUUGUAACAACUCCUUUAGAUGUAAUUAAAACUAAGUUGAUGACUUAAAGAGAUGGAUAUUAUAAAGGACCUUUGGAUGCUUUAAAAAAAACAGUUGCCGAAGAAGGUAGCAUGGCACUUUUCAAAGGUGUCAAGCAUAGAGUUUUACCUCUUUCUUUUACUGGUACUAUAUACUUUACUGUUUACGAGCAGGCAAGAAAUUUUUUAUCAAAAAAAUUGAAUUAUUGA